AUGGAUCAACCCGAGGAUGUUGAGGUUAUCCUCACUUCCAAGCACCGCUACAACCUGCAUUCCAAUGUGCUCGCGCGCAACUCCCCCUUCUUCGCUGAUCUCCUCAUAGAAGCCAACGCCGCGAAACUUGCUCCCCGUACAUUGGCCACGGGAAAGUACACGCGCUGGAUGUUCCAGUUGCGCAAGCUGCCCAAUGACGACUACCCAGCCGGGCAAUUGGCCCUCCUCAAACUCAACCACAAAGCCGAACCCAUCAAUGCAACGCAUAUCUUCACGCUCAAUGAAAAUGGCAAAGAGCCCACCAAAUUCUUCGAACAUUACGAAUCCCUGCUCUACGCCUUCUACGGAAAAGACCUCGCCAUCUCUAACACAGACAUGAUGUGCGCACUCCAAGACGCCAUCUCGAUUCUCCAAAUCGCCGAAUAUCUCGGCUGCGUCAAUGUGAUCAGCAAGCCCAUCGACGCCGCAUUCUUCAAGCACGGACAGGUUCUCUUUCGCGCGAUCCAGACGAACCCGCGCCACUGGGCAGAUCUAGCGCUGAAGAUCAAGUCUGAGAUGAUGUUCAAGGAAGCUAUUGUUCAUCUCUCUGGAAGCUGGAAUGCGAUUUCCUAUACCAACAAAGCCACCCUAGGUGCCGAGAUCCGCGCGGUGUGCGAAAAACACCACAAUCUGCUAAUGCGGAAGCGGCAGCGCGUUGAAUCGCUACUCGCAUCCACCUACCCAGGGAACAUGGCAGCGCCCAGCGACUUCCGCCCCGUCAAGCGCGAAGACUACGCUAAAGACAUCCUCGUCUGGAUGGCGCUGGGGUUUUUCCGCCACUGGUUCGCGCAACAGGUUAUCAUGGGCAGCGGUGCGCAUUCUCCUGACGGCGGCUUCGCGCUGUAUUCCCGCGUAGCGAAAGGCGGGGAUGCGUAUAUGGAUAAAGACGUCAUGGGACAGUUCAACAAAAAGUUCCCCGUUACGAAGAAGGCGAUGAAUGUGCUGGAAAACCAUCUCGCGGAAAUGAAAAUCGGGUUCCAGGAUUUGGUGCAGAAACAGAGGGUUUUGGAUUCAAAUUGCCAGCUUGAUGUUCACCGGUAUCCGGUCCCUUAUCUUACGUGUGUGGAGCUGGAUCGCGAGGAUUAUCCCUGGUUGAGGGAGCUGGUGGGUGGUGAGGAUCCGGUACCUGAGAAGCGGCCGGGGGGGAAUCAGAUCGUCCAGGAGAACUUGGCAGCUGCGCGACGAUACGCUGGCGAGAUGAUUGCGGAGAGUUCAGGGAAGCGGGGUCGUGAGACGGGAGAUGAUCAGGUGGAGUUGGACCUCGCGGCGGCGUAUGGGAAGAAGCGUCAAAAAUAA